AAGGUUAAAGGUCCUUUAAUUUGUCAACAAACCAACCAACGAGUGAAGAUUGUAAACGUGUGGACUGGAAAUUUAUAAAAUGACACGAAUCGCAAGGAAAAAACAGCAUCGUGGUUAUACACAUCUACAGAAGAAAUAUAGGACAAGACGGAAAACAAAAGAUCUUGACCAAAUUCAUGAGGACUUGGAACUCAACAAUAAAGAGAAGCUGCUUCAUCAGACCAUCGAUUACGAUAAACCUGGCUCAGGCCAGUUCUACUGCUUAACAUGCGCGAGAUACUUCAUCAGCAAAAAUGCUUUACAUGAACACUUUCGAACAAAACUACACAAAAGAAGGUAAUUUUUCUCAGCAGUGUGGGGGCCGUCCCGAUUUCCAGGACACUUUGUACCCCUGCAUUAUGGUUACU